UGCCUGGUCGCAACUUGCUACUCCUCCAACUACAGAACGACAACUCAAACAGUCAGGCCACACGGUCUUGCACGCUCCGGCACCCAAUUCCGAGAGACGGGCGCGAGCGGCCGAGCGUGAUGUCGAUACUCUUGCACUGCCCCGCCACGACCACCACGGUCCAGUGCGUGCGUGACUAGUACUCGAUCUUCCCAUCCCGCGCGUCCGGCAUCCACGGGAAAGAAAGAACGCGCGCGCGCGCCCGGGCACGGAACGGAAGCCUGAAGCAUGGAUUCCCGGGGCGGCGGCACGUUGCGGAAGCGGGCGAUAGACCCGACGCGCGCGGACACGGCGGUGAAGCACGGCAAGAGCGAGGAGAUUCACGCGGCGGGGGAGAACGAGGAGCCGGAGCCGGUGAGCCCGACGGGGCGGCUGUUCCGGGAACCGCACUUCAACUGCUACAUCGUGUCCGUCUUCGGCCUCGGCGCGCCGGUCGACCUCCCCGCCGUGCGGGCCGGGCUCGAGGCCACCCUCGCGCGCCACCCGCGAUUCCACAGCGUUCAGGUGUUGGACGCCGAGGGCGCGAGACCGAAGUGGGUCCGGACCACGGUGAACCUCGACGACCACGUCGUCGUCCCGGACCUGGACGCCAUCACCGCCACGCCGGCCGACCCGGACAGGGCCCUCGAGGACUACGUGUCGUCGCUCUCCACGCUCCCCAUGGACCACUCCCGCCCGCUCUGGGAGCUCCACGUCCUCGACUUCCCCACCUCCGAGGCCGCCGCCGCCCUCGCCUUCCGCGUGCACCACUCCGUCGGCGACGGCGUCUCGCUCCUGUCCCUCUUCCUCGCGUGCACCCGCCGCACCGCCGACCCGAGCGCCCUGCCAGCGAUCAUCCCCGCCGCCCGCCGCGCCGGCCCGGCCGUCUACGCCCUGCCGCCGCAGCGCCCGCGGCUGCAGUCCCUUGGCGCCCUGCUGGUCUUCCUAGUAGCGUGGGUCGGCUCGUUCCUCGUGCUCGUGUGGCACACGGCGGUGGACGUGGCGUGCUUCGUCGCCACGGCGGCGUCGGCCGCGCGCGACCCGCCGACGCUCUUCAGAGGCGCGGAGGAGGGCGUCGAGUUCCGGCCCAAGCGGUUCGUGAACCGGACUCUCAGCCUUGACGACGUCAAGCACAUCAAGAACGCCAUGAACUGCACUGUAAACGAUGUGCUGCUUGGAGUGGCCUCCGCCGCAUUGUCUCGAUACUACUUUCGGAAAACAGGUUGUUGUGUGCUUGAUUUAUUUUCAGGUGAAAAUGUUAGAAAGAGCAUCAAGGUGCGGUCUACCCUUCUUGUCAACCUAAGGAAGACGCCUGGCCUACAUACACUCGCUAGCAUGAUGGAGUCUGGCAAGGACAGCGGAGCCAAGUGGGGGAAUCGGCUUGGCUACAUGAUACUCCCGUUCCACUUAGCCAAGCACGACGACCAUCUCGAGUAUGUCCGGGAGGCCACCAAGGUUGCGCGCAGGAAGAAGAGCUCCAUGGAAUCGGUCCUCACCUACUGGAGCGCGUCAAUCAUAAUGAAAAUCUUCGGCAUUAAGGCGGCAGCUUCUCUCUGCUACAGCAUGAUGAGGAACACCACCCUGUCCUUCUCCAGCUUGGCCGGGCCAAGCGAGCAGGUUGUGUUCUGCGGCCACCCGAUCGUCUACAUUGCCCCCAGCGUUUAUGGCCAUCCACAUGCCCUGACUAUGCAUUACCAGAGUUACAUGAGAAUUAUCAAACUAGUCCUUGCAGUCGAUGAAACACAGGUUCCAGAUGCUCAUGAGCUUCUAGAUGACUUCACUGAAUCUCUCAAGCUCAUUCGGGAGGCAGCUCCAGGACAACCACAACACACAUGAAAAGAUGUGUUCUCGGUAGAACAUGGAUAGGGGGACACAUGGAUACCUUUAUAACACAGUGGAUGAUGGGUACCUUUUUAGGGCAUUAAUUUUUUCUUACGGAACACAAAAUUUAUUUGUCAUGAAAAUUUACAGACAUGUAAACAACUCAAAUAUUUACAUGUCCAACUUUUUUUAUUUUACUAUUAAUCCCGAAAAUACAUGCUUUUGGGUGCCAUUUUCCUCUCUUGACAACUACUCCCUCAAUUUUUUUUGUGACGAUACAUGUGUACUACUUAAUUUGUAAAUUUGGAUAACUACAACA